ACGGCGUAAGUCUUGGCUUUGGAUCGUAUGAAGAGUUACUCGAAGUGGACAUCGAUUUCAUGUCUUUGACUAAACCGGAAGUAAAGGAGCAGUUUAUACCCGAAGAACAUAUGGCCAAAGGGUCGGUAGAUAUGCGGGUGUAUUGGCAUUACAUGAAGGCGGGUGCGGGACCGACAUUAUUAUUUGUGACAUUCUUCCGGAUGUCAGUCAACGCGUCAACCAAUUUACACAAUACUAUAUUCAGUCGCCUAAUGACAGCUCCCAUUGCUUUCUUCGACAUCAAUCCUAUCGGAUUUGCUGUCAAUAAUCGCUUCACUAAUAGUGAUAUCAAUAGUAAA